UUAUCUUGGCGAAAUGGAAGGCUCUCUGUACCUAGCGUUUUCUGCACUUUUGGUGUCGGUCAUUGUCUGGCUUCUUAAUCCUUUUCAUAAACUUCACAAGUUCUUGAAUUAUUCCUUAAGAAGAGACGGUGGCAUGCGAACUGAUCUUCAGGAUGGGGUUCGCUCGUUCAACAAUAUGCCUGGCCCAAAGGGAUGGCCUAUCUUAGGCGAUAUGCUGAACUUUCUACGAAAAUCUGAGUUCAAAGAAAUUAUAGCGGAGCUGAAGGACUCGUUUGAUAAGUACGGUCCUGUUUUUAAGAGGAAUUUUAUGGGAACAUCAGUGGUUUAUGUCAAAGACCCAAAGGAUAUCGAAGUCGUCAUCAAAGCAGAUGGAAAACAUCCCAUGCAACCUCCCUCAGCUGUAAGCACGGCGAUUAAUAAGUACAGGAAAAGCAGAAAACUCCCUAAAGUCCUUUUUGGAUUGGACGGUGAGGAAUGGAACCGAGUACGAAAGGCUUUAGCGUCAAAAAUGCUUCGACCGAAAGAUAUCAGAGACAACCUGGAAAUCUUUAAUGGAGUGACAAGAGAUGCUAUAGAACAUAUGCUUUCAGUGCGGGGUGCAGAUGAUGUCAUUCCAAAUCUCGAGGAGGAACUUGGAAAGUGGGCGACGGAAUGUAGAGCCUCUCCCAGCAGGUAUCUCCAAGGGACCCUAGGGAAAUGGUAUAAAUACCAAUGGGAGAAACCAAAACCCUUGGAGAGGGAGCAAAUUACAGCACGUCUAAAACGUGUUUCUUCCUCCACUGAUCUGGAGGCAGGAAAACCAAAGGCUGAGCAUAUUACAUGCGCAAUCUGUAGAUCCCGCCAGGGGUUUGGAUUCUACGCUGACCGUGAGCAGAAUUUGUUUAGAGGACGAAAUCCAGUGAUCAAGCUCAACCAUAUUCACCAUCAAUGCUGGGGAAUUCUACAACACGACGGAUCAGGGGUUCAGUUCCAAAUUGGUGCACAGACGAACACUCUGUGCAGAAACAACUGGGUUCACUCGAGUCCUAAGUAUGGUCUCCGUUUCGAUGGGCAGCCGCCGCGUGUGGGACGCGGCGGUACAAUGAAGGAAAACGUUGUUUGGAGAAGCGGCGGGAUCAUGAUCAAAGGCGAAUCCCACACAGUGCUAAACAACCUCGCCUUCGACAAACGAAAUGAUAAAAGCGGUGACCAACAAGGCGCAGGCUGCUCUUUAUGUGUUUUGAAGUUCGUUCGUUGGAAUCCAGUUGAGAUCAAUAAACAAACAGAAGUUUUGCGCAACGCAGCAGAUGUGGCAAAUGGUGGCAAGCGCAAGAAGCCCCGUGGCACAUAUCCUCUUGCAGGAAGCCGUGUUGCAUUCAACAUUGUAAGUAACGUGAGGGAACAGUUUGAAGACCCGGAUAACAUGGACUUUCGGCCUCGUAAAGACUCCAAAUACAGUAAAGAUGGCGUUGGACCUUACCGUUAUGAUCCAAAUGGUAGAUUCUAUUGGAUUCCUGGACGGCAGCUCUAUAAGACCAGCACUCCUGUGCCUCCUGAUGGCAGCAAAUCGGUGAAGUCUGUCAGAGAUGCUGUAAUGUGGUUAAACGCAUUUGGUGCCUCAACUCACAAUGUAUACUUUGGAACAGACAAGUCGAACGUUACCGAUGCAUCACGGAACUCCGCCGAAUACAAGGCGAAGAUUACUGCUGAUGGCAACGUAUAUUACUUGAAGGAAAACCUUUCUUCCAGGUCUACCUAUUACUGGCGAGUAGAUGCUGAAUUGGACGAGAAAACUAUUUACAAGGGAGACGUUUGGUCUUUUCAAACCAAGUACACCAAGUAUUUGAUUAAGGAACAAGUUGUUCCAAGCUCAUGCUUUUUCAUCUCUAAAUUAUGGAACCAUCAUGCAUUGCUAACAUUGCAAGAGCGAGAUAGAGUCUCCUUGCAUAUUUAUCAG